UGAUAAACCUCCUAUCAAACGUUCAAAGACUCGGUGCAUCUUGUAGGUUGUAUUGUACGCUUUGCUUCUCGACAUUCGCCAUCGUCGAGUUUCGAGUCCAAUCUGCUUCUGUCACGCCCAAGAUGUACCCGCUUGCGGAAUACGCUUGCUUAUCCUGCGCCCAAAAGAAAAGAAAAUGCGAUCGCCUAUUUCCCAGCUGCACGGCAUGUUUCAAACAAAAACGACAGUGCUGGUACAAAACGGCUGCGCGUUUGUCAGCUCAGGAAAAUGUGAAAGAUGACAGAAGCCUACGCUGUCCCAAGUUGCCAUAUCUCACGAUGGAUCAACAGCCAGAACUAUCUCUGUACAAUCAAAACAGUGUCAGUCAAGCAGCGAUUGUACCCCUAGCCUCAGCUAAAGCGAGGGCUAGUGGGGCGUGUCUCAAUUGUUGCUCAAGGAAACGAAAAUGCGACAGACAAUGGCCAACCUGCGGGCGAUGUUCAAGACUGUAUCCUCAUUGUGUUUAUCCCAAGCAGGCUCUCGUGGCCGAAGGCCCAAGUGCUUCCUUUCUUCGUUCGCUUGAUAUCGGCCGGUUGAAUAGCGCAUUACCAAGCCCAGUCGAGUCACAACCCCACAUGCGUAUGCUUAUUCAUUCGUUCGUUGAGACUUUUGGGAUGGACCCGCUCCCUGUCGAUCACGGGAGUAUCGCGUUUUUUUCUAGGGCGACGUGGAUCCAACACGCGCUCGGUGACCCUUGUGCAUUCCACACUACUCUUUAUGCCGCAUCAGCCCAUCUGGAUGCGUUUCAAGGUGCCGAAAGUAGCAAUAUAACAUUAUAUCACCAAACCGUGGCACUGCAGUUGCUCCAGGAGAGACUCUAUGACCCGGAUGCAGUAUUGAGCGAGUCUCUCAUGGCUUGUGUUGCAACUUUAGUGUUUCUUUCGGCCGCCUCUGGUGAGGAAGGAUCAUCUUCCAUUCACAAGAUGGCGUUGAUGAAAAUGAUCAAAGCAAAGGGCAGCUUCGCGGACCUCACCCUUGGCACGUUCCUGUCAGAGGUUAUCACCGCAGGUGUUCUCUCCGAGGCCAUUAUUAUGGACUCCACACUCGACAUACCAUUCUUAGACAUCCCUCCAACUCCUCUUAUUCCCCCCAGUUAUUUCAUCUGCGCCAUUCUCCGUCGAGCAGCCAGUAAGAAAGGAGGCUACUAUAACCUCUCCCCUAGCACAAUCGAGAUAUUUGGAGAGAUUGCAUCCGUCACCUCCUUUGGGUCAGAUGAACCCCGUUUCCGAGCGAAGUGGGCAGCAAAAUUAGAAGGUCUCUUGUUGUUGUAUGUUGAGCCCCAAUAUACCGGGCAAAAACCCAAUGACGACUUUCUCGAAUCGGACACCGAGGCAAUAACUCAGGCUUGCCACAUGGCUGCCCUGAUUUUCUGGUUAUUGUUUCUUGACGACCACGAAUAUCUUGCUCCAUUCUCCAUGGACGUUUUACAAGUUCUUGUUGAUAGGCUGCGAUUUGCGGUAUCCUGUGGAAGCAUGGAUACGUGGAUGAGAACCGCUCCAGAAGCGCACACUUUGGUAUGCCUGCUUGGAACAGCCGCCUCUAUCAAACUAGAUGAUCGCAUCUGGUUCAGUCUUAGGCAUGGUCGGGCAGUGAGUUGUAUCGAAAGUAGAAAGGCAUCAGUUCUGUUGCACAGUUGGAGCAUUUAUGAUUGGGCGAAUCAGAGACGCAAAGUCAAGAUGAUGGCGGCAGCGGAGUAAGAGGGUAUAUUUCCAGAAGAUGGACAAGGAGCCGACGACCGGGAAUGGCAGGGUAAAAAAGGAAAAGAAAAUUGAAGGUUCAUCCAGAUAGCAG